AUGGCUGCCCCGCACCGCCAGCCGGAGAGCGCUAUCAAUGAUGCCGAGUUCAUCGAGGACCACGCCGGGCACCACCAGGACUCCGUCCACCGGCGCCUGCGUGCCAACUCGACGAUUAUGCACUUUCAGAAGAUCCUGGUCGCCAACCGUGGUGAAAUCCCCAUUCGUAUUUUCCGAACAGCUCACGAGCUGUCCCUGCAGACGGUCGCUGUCUUCUCCCAUGAAGACCGUCUCUCCAUGCAUCGUCAGAAGGCCGAUGAGGCCUACAUGAUUGGCCAGCGUGGUCAGUACACCCCCGUCGGUGCCUACUUGGCCGGCGACGAGAUCAUCAAGAUCGCCCAGGAGCACGGCGUGCACCUGAUUCACCCCGGCUACGGCUUCCUUUCGGAGAACGCCGACUUUGCCCGAAAGGUCGAGAAGGCGGGCAUUGUUUUCGUAGGCCCGACCCCCGACACCAUUGACGCCCUGGGUGACAAGGUCUCUGCCCGUCGGGCGGCCAUCAAGUGCAAUGUCCCGGUUGUUCCCGGUACGGAGGGCCCCGUCGAGCGCUUCGAGGAGGUCAAGUCCUUUACGGACGAGUAUGGCUUCCCCAUUAUCAUCAAGGCCGCCUUCGGUGGUGGUGGCCGUGGUAUGCGUGUCGUGCGCGACCAGUCAGAGCUGCGCGAUUCCUUCGAGCGUGCCACCUCCGAGGCCAAGACUGCCUUUGGUAACGGUACCGUCUUUGUCGAGCGCUUCCUUGACAAACCCAAGCACAUUGAAGUCCAGCUGCUCGGUGAUAACCAAGGUAACGUCGUUCACUUGUUCGAGCGUGACUGCUCCGUUCAGCGUCGUCACCAGAAGGUCGUCGAAAUUGCUCCUGCUAAGGACCUCCCCGUCGAGGUCCGUGACAAGAUUUUGUCCGAUGCCGUGAAGCUGGCCAAGUCGGUCAAGUACCGCAACGCCGGUACCGCCGAGUUCCUGGUCGACCAGCAGAACCGCUACUACUUCAUUGAGAUCAACCCCCGUAUCCAGGUCGAGCACACCAUCACGGAGGAGAUCACUGGGAUUGAUAUCGUUGCUGCUCAGAUUCAGAUUGCUGCCGGUGCUACUCUGGAGCAGCUCGGCCUGACCCAGGACCGCAUCUCCACCCGCGGUUUCGCCAUUCAGUGCCGCAUCACUACUGAGGACCCCUCCAAGGGCUUUUCCCCCGACACCGGUAAGAUCGAGGUCUACCGCUCUGCCGGUGGUAACGGUGUCCGUCUGGACGGUGGUAACGGUUUCGCGGGUGCCAUCAUCACCCCUCACUAUGACUCCAUGCUGGUCAAGUGCACAUGCCGUGGCUCUACCUACGAGAUUGUGCGCCGCAAGAUGCUUCGUGCUCUUGUGGAGUUCCGUAUUCGCGGUGUCAAGACCAACAUUCCCUUCCUCGCUUCCCUGCUGAGCCAUCCCGUCUUCAUCGAUGGUACCUGCUGGACCACUUUCAUCGAUGACACCCCCGAGCUCUUCGCUUUGGUCAGCUCUCAGAACCGUGCCCAAAAGCUGCUCACCUACCUCGGUGACGUUGCCGUCAACGGCAGCAGCAUCAAGGGUCAGAUCGGCGAGCCCAAGUUCAAGGGCGAGAUCAUCAAGCCCGUCCUCAAGGAUUCUGCAGGUAAUACCAUAGACGUUUCGCAGCCCUGCCAGAAGGGCUGGAAGCAGAUUAUCGAUUCCCAGGGCCCUGACGCCUUUGCCAAGGCUGUUCGCGCCAACAAGGGCUGCUUGAUCAUGGACACCACCUGGCGUGAUGCCCACCAGUCGCUGCUCGCUACCCGUGUGCGUACCAUCGACAUGCUUAACAUCGCGCACGAGACUAGCCACGCUCUCCAGAACGCUUACAGUCUGGAGUGCUGGGGUGGCGCUACCUUCGACCUCCGCAAGGCCGUUCCCAACAUUCCCUUCCAGAUGUUGCUGCGCGGCGCCAACGGCGUUGCCUACUCCUCUCUUCCCGACAACGCCAUCUACCACUUCUGUAAGCAGGCUAAGAAGUACGGUGUUGACAUCUUCCGUGUCUUCGAUGCUCUGAACGACGUCGACCAGCUCGAGGUCGGCAUCAAGGCUGUUCAGGAGGCUGGUGGUGUGGUCGAGGCCACCAUCUGCUACAGCGGUGACAUGUUGAACCCCGCUAAGAAGUACAACCUUGAUUACUACCUCUCCCUGGUUGACCGCGUUGUCAAGCUGGGCACCCACGUUCUCGGUAUCAAGGAUAUGGCCGGUGUUCUGAAGCCCCAAGCUGCUCGUCUGCUGGUUGGCUCCAUCCGCGAGCGCUACCCCGACCUUCCCAUCCACGUUCACACCCACGACUCCGCUGGUACUGGUGUGGCUUCCAUGAUUGCCUGCGCCCAGGCUGGCGCUGACGCCGUCGAUGCCGCCACUGACAGCUUGUCCGGUAUGACCUCUCAGCCCAGCAUCGGUGCCAUCCUGGCCUCGCUUGCCGGUACCGAGCAAGACCCCCAACUCGACGCGGCUCACGUCCGCGCCCUGGACACCUACUGGGCUCAGCUCCGUCUGCUCUACUCUCCCUUCGAGGCUGGUCUCACCGGCCCCGAUCCCGAGGUCUACGAGCACGAGAUCCCCGGUGGCCAGCUGACCAACCUGAUCUUCCAGGCCAGCCAGCUCGGUCUCGGUCAGCAGUGGGCCCAGACCAAGAAGGCCUACGAGCAGGCCAACGACCUCCUUGGCGACAUCGUCAAGGUUACCCCGACCUCCAAGGUUGUCGGUGACCUGGCCCAGUUCAUGGUCUCCAACAAGUUGACCCACGAGGACGUCAUCGAGCGCGCCGGCGAGCUAGACUUCCCCGGCUCCGUGCUCGAGUUCCUCGAGGGUCUCAUGGGCCAGCCUUACGGUGGCUUCCCCGAGCCUCUACGCUCCAAGGCCCUCCGUGACCGCCGCAAGCUCGAGAAGCGUCCCGGUCUUUACCUCGAGCCUCUCGACCUUCCUGGUAUCAAGAACCAGCUCCGUGAGAAGUUCGGCGCCGCGACUGAAUGCGAUGUUGCCUCUUACGCCAUGUAUCCCAAGGUGUUCGAAGACUAUCGCAAGUUCGUGCAGAAGUACGGCGAUCUCUCCGUUCUGCCCACGCGCUACUUCCUCGCCAGGCCCGAGAUUGGCGAGGAGUUCCACGUUGAGUUGGAGAAGGGCAAGGUCCUCAUUCUCAAGCUUCUCGCUAUCGGUCCCCUCUCCGAGCAGACUGGUCAGCGUGAGGUCUUCUACGAAGUCAACGGUGAAGUUCGCCAGGUCAGUGUCGACGACCAGAACGCUUCCAUUGACAACAUCGCCCGCCCCAAGGCCGACGCCGCCGAUAGCAGCCAGGUCGGCGCGCCUAUGAGCGGUGUUGUUGUCGAGAUCCGGGUGCACGACGGCCACGAGGUGAAGAAGGGUGACCCUAUUGCGGUGCUGAGCGCCAUGAAGAUGGAAAUGGUCAUCUCUGCUCCUCACAGCGGCAAGGUCUCCGGUCUUCUUGUCAAGGAGGGUGACUCUGUCGACGGCCAGGACCUCAUUUGCAGGAUUGGCAAGGCAUAA